AUGGCAUCCUCCACCCCCGCGAUCAACGCCUUCCCAAAUGACCCUUUAGUCCAGGCCGUCAAGGAACAUGUUAAGACUUACAUGCAAAACUACGACGCCUCUCACUCAUGGGAUCACAUCGAGCGUGUUGUGACAAUGGCUCACAACUUGUAUGCUCGGUCGGACGCUGCGUUUCGGGAUUCGGUCGAUUUGCGGGUGGUCCAUCUCGCUGCGCUGCUGCAUGAUGUGGGGGAUCACAAAUACCUCCAACCCGGCGAAAACCCCCACACCCAAAUCACCACUCUCCUCCUCUCCCUCUCCUGCCCCUCCCCCCUCGCCACCACCCUCCAAACCAUCUGCUCCGGGGUAAGCUACUCAACCGAGACCAAAAACCCAGCCCACACCGCCGCACUAGUCGCCCAAUACCCCGAGCUGGGUCUCGUACAGGACGCCGACCGGCUAGACGCCAUCGGGGCCGUGGGGAUCGGCCGCAUGUUUACGUACGGCGGCGCCCGGUCCACGCGCAGCUUGCGGGAUACGAUGGCUCAUCUGGAUGAGAAGUUGGUGAAAUUGGAGGGGAUGAUGAAGACGGAGGCUGGACGGGCGGUGGCCAGGGAGAGGGGGGAGAGGUUGAGGGUGUUUAGGGGGUGGUGGGUGGAGGAGGCGGGGGAGAUUUAG